UGUGUAAUGCAAACUGCAAACAGUUGUUUCACGUUCCUUAAAAAAAAGUUUUGUAGGGACAGAACAAGUCUAACAAGAGGAUAUCAGACAACACUUUACUGUUGAUGUGUCUAAAUUGCAGGUGAUAAAAUACUAAGGCUAAUGUCAUGGUGCGGCAGAAAGGAAGUAACUUAUUUAUCACUAUAUAUCUCCACAUCUUCAGCAUACCAGCUUGGACACGGUUUAAAGACAUACAAGGUGCUCCAUUCUGAUGUAAAGAUGGUGGCUUUCCGAAACUGUUUUUUUGCAUUCAUUCUUUACCUAAGAGCAUCAUCUGCUAGUGAUAACCCUUGGAAUGCUGAAAUACAAAAAUCAGUAGUGGGUCUGUCUGACUCAUGUGUGGUGAUCCCUUGUAAGUUCAACUACCCAUCAAAUGAAAAGACAUAUAAGGAAUUUACAGGAAUCUGGUUCAAAGAUAAAGCUGUAAUCUACCACAAAGAGACUUCCAAAAUCAUUGACAAAUUCAAGGGUCGCACAAGUCUUCUUGGUGAUCUGCAUCAGAAAAACUGCACUUUGAAAAUCAACUCUCUACAGCCCAGCGAUACUGGACCGUACAUGUUCCGCAUCGAGAUCAAAGAUUUCAACCAGUACUCAUACACGGAGAAUAAAGUUACUAUUAUAGUGAAAGAUUCACCUGAACUGAUUGCUGUGGAUGAAGAAGUGAUGUCACAGAAAGAAACGACCGCUACCUGUAUUCUGUCACAUUCCUGCCCAUCUGACCCGCCGUCCCAACUCACUUGGAGCCUCAACGGCACGCACACAAGUCAGUCGCAGUCACAAGACCACGGUCAAUGGAGAUUAACAUCAUCUCUGACCUUCACACCCUCCAGAGAAGAUCAUAAUAAACCUCUCAACUGCUCUGCACACUUUAGCGGUGGGAAAAAAGUGACCAGCAGCAAAACACUCAAAGUUAAAUAUGGUGAUCGGAGGAUUCCCGGAGGGUUACUGAGAAAAACAACAGAUGGUGAUCGAAGGAUUCCGGGAGGGUUACUGAGGAUAACAACAGAUCCUCCAUAUAAUGUAAAUGUGAAGAGUAACUCACCAGUGAAGGAGAACACAUCUGUUGAACUGAUCUGCUCCUGUAACAGUAAUCCACUUGCUAGUUUCCAGUGGAUUAGUUUAAAUGGAUCUCUGUUGGCUAAUGGACCCACCUAUAAACUGAAUAAUGUGUCCAGAUAUAUUGAAGCCAUAUUCUGCACCGCCAAUAACACAGAGGGACAAAACAGCUCCAGUCCUCAGAAGAUUAAUGUGUUGUAUCCUCCUGAGAUUAAAAACGGGUCUUCCUGCGAAUCAGAGACUACAGUCUGUGUUUGUAUCGUGGACUCCAACCCACCCAGUGAAGUCAAGUGGUUUGGUCCAUCAACAGUUUUCCCCAGCUCUAGCAUUGAACAAAAUGGUUUUCUUACCAUCUUUACCCUUCAGGGGUGGGAGGGUUUCCCUGACGCUAUCCAUUGCUCUGCCAGUAACAGUGAGGGAAACUCUGUCAUAACUCUGCAAGUCCCUAAUCACCGUAUGAUCAUAUAUAUUGCGGUUGCCACAGCUGCUGUUUUAGUUACUUUGGUGGUCAUUUCAGUUUAUGUAGCCAAAAGACACAGUAGGCGCAGAGCUGAGGAACAGCAUUCAAUGGAUAUGAAAGCGGACUUCAAUGAAAUGAAGACGACCCCAGAGUCUGGCUUAGAAAGCAAAAAAGAGAAAAGCAAUGAUAUGUACACAAAAAACCAAGAUGACUUGGUUGAUUAUGAGAACUGGGGGUGUGAUGACCUGCCAUGUGGACAAGAUGAAGAUGAAGCAGUCUAUGCCAACACAUAAAAAUAAAUAAACACAUGAUUAACCAGUUUAUAUUAAUGAGAAAGGUAAAGUGCCUCAUGCCAUUUAUUCCCUUGACUAUGCAAUUUCUGUGCAAUUUAUUUCUAAGAAGUUUUUUCAAGGUUUUAUUUCAAGUGUUUGGUUUUUCUUAAGGUGUAGCGUCAAGGUUCUUAAUUCAGUGUAGGUAGCAGUUUCAUUUCCUCUUCUUAUAAAUUUUUUUAGCCUUACUACCUAACUACUGUUUUUUAGCAUUGUAUUUUAAAUAUUUUUCAUAACUAAUAGACAUUUGCUGCUGUGAUAGGCUGAUUUGGCUCUUAAAGGAGUAGUCCACUUUAAAGUUGGGGUCCAUUGACUUACCAUAGUAUUUUUAUGUCCAAAGAGUUGGACCCCAUCUUUAAAGUGGACUACUCCUUUAAGCUUGUAUAGUCUCUGUGCAGGUGCAAAGCAAUUCUUGUAUAACUGAUUUGAAGGCUAAACGUCAUAUGAGUUAGUGUGAGUUUUAACAGUGCAUACGGUUAUUUUUGGAAUAUUCUCAUAUCAUGCAGGAAAACAUGAAUCAUAAUCAGGUUUAGUAUAAUUUACGAAAAUAAUGCAAGUUUGAAUCCAUACUGUAAAUGUGGCACAUAUCAAAUACUAGAUAAAUAUUUUCAAUCGAAUUUCAAUAUUUUGUUGCUGUUAUGUUUAUGUAAUUGUGAACCAAUAACCAAUAAACCAUUAA